AUGAAUCCCAGCAGCUCAAUUGCGCGAAGCCCAGUGUCGUCGUCCGCUGCUCGCUCAAUACGCACGCAACGCGCUAAGCGUCCUGAGGCAAAUCAAACACAAUGGCAAAGCGCGAAUGGCAUCGAGCCGAAAACUCCUUUUCUCAUUGGCGUCGCAGGCGGCACCGCCAGUGGCAAGAGUACAGUAUGCAAACGCAUCAUGGAAAAACUGGGCCAGGUGGAUGUGGAUCAAACACAAAGACAGGUUGUGUGCAUUGCACAGGACAGCUCUGGAAGCAGGGCUUUAACACAGGCUGAAAUGGUGAAGGCUGAGAAAGGUGAAUUCAAUUUUGAUCAUCCAGAUGCUUUCGAUGAGGCACUGAUGAAACGCACGCUGGUUGCGAUUCUUGCUGGGAAAAAAAGUGUGAGACCGCAGGACUUCAAACAUCACCUCCUCGAUUCCCUUUUGACGAUAUAUCCAGCUGAUGUAGUGCUUUUCGAAGGAAUUCUCGUGUUUUACUUCCAAGAAAUACGCAAAAUGUUUCAUAUGAAACUCUUUGCUGAUACUGAUUCUGAAUACGGCAUGGCUCGAAGAGGCGCCAAGGAUAUUGCUGAACGCGGACGUGAUUUGACUGACUCGCGAAAUACGAAUUAUGUGAAGCCAGCAUUUGAAGAGUUUUGUUCUCCUACGAAAAAGUUUGCGGAUGUGAUUAUUCCACGUGGAGCUGAUAAUACCGUUGCAAUUGAUUUGAUUGUGCAGCAUAUUCGUGAUUUUUUGAACAAUCGCCAUCAUCUCAACGAGCGGAGACUGUCGAUGAUUGCUGCAAUACCAUCAUCCAUGCCGGGGACGGCAAGCAGCAGCCAGAAUUCAACUCCGACGCACAAACGUACCGCUGCAGAUGCGUUCAAACGCCCGCACUAAAUUUCUCUUUUAUUUUAUUUUAUUUUAGCGCUUAAUUAUCCUCAACUUAGGUUUGAGUUACAUGUGUUCGUUUCAAGUAGUCGCCGAGUUUGUUUUUAAACCAAAGAUCAAAGAUGUUGCGAGCAAUAAUUACCAAAGUACGAUAUUUUUCAGUUUGCUGAGCUAUUUUGAGCGUUUUUUUAAGUUGUUUAGCGUGUAAUGCCUUAGAAUAGUAAUUUUAUGUGUACGUUGAGUUUUUAUAUUAUAUCAUCUCGUUUUUUUACAUGUUUCUAUUAUAAUAACGCGUUUAUCGAUCAAAUAUAUUUCAAUGAUGUUAUAAUUCA